GUCUCCCCCCCCCCCCCCUCUCACCCUGCAAGAGGGCUACCAAUCACCAAGUCAAGGCGCAAGUCAUAAUUAUUUCUUCUCUUCGCAAUUCGUGAAGUUUGCAUGAAGGGUUUUCCUCCCGAUGACUGCAUGAUUGAUGCAGCACUCACAGCGGCACAUUAAUGGACACGACGUGACAGGUAGAUAUCAACGUCUAAUAUGUGGGUGAGGAAAAAGACAAAACAUAGGAGCGGAACAUAUACCUAAGCCUGUAAAUAAGAGAAGACGGAGAGAGGAAGCCUGCCGCUUGUCAGAGGUACAGAUUUGGAGCAGCAAUGUCUACCAGUGAUGAUUAUCAAGUUCCUGUCCGAGAUGGCCAUGCUGUUCACCCCAAACACACAGCUCCUGAGGAGAUGUAUUGGCUGAGUCACCUGAACCAAAAGGAUCUCUGUGAGAAAUACGUUGGUCUAAAGGAUGACUUCUACACACUUAAGACAUUUUCCAGGAAACAAGAAGACAAAAUAAAAAAAGAGCAGGGAAUAGGUGAUCAACCUCACCAAGGAACUAACCUCAGAAAGGGGAUCAAAGGAAAUCAGUCAACAGCAAGGUUACAAACUAAACUUCGGAAAAUAAUAGCAGAUAAAAAGAAAGAUGGCAACAGCAAAGACAAUGCUUCAUGUAGUGUCCAAGAAAUGGAAUAUCAGGAUGUCUUGGAAACUCAGCGGCAGUCUAUAAGAGAAUUACGACUGAAAAAUGACCAUCUGGAGAGAAAACUGAAAUUGGCCAAUAUUCAACUGAGUGCCAUAAAAAAAAAUAAGCCGUUGUUGUUUCGACAUGUAGGAGCCAGAGUUGACAGUGGAUUGAAAGCAAAACGGCCACCAGUCUCCCCUCAAGUAAAACAGCUUGUUCAACCUAAUUUAUCACCUGCAAAACCUACAUCAUCUGACGAGUCUUUAGCUCUGACAUCAGCACCAUCUGUUCACCAAGCAAACUCUGCAUUGCCAGAAAUAGUUCGUGAAAUUUUGGAAGAAGCGAGAAAGAAAAUUCUUGACCUUGAGGCUGAGAGAGAUGAUCUUCAGGAACAUCUUCUUGAGAAACAACAGUGUGCUGAAGAUACAGAAUAUGAACUACAGCAGAAAAUAGCAAUGCUGGAGGAGGAAGUUUUAAGUCUUCGGGAGGAUUUGCAGGAUCACGGAGUACGUGAAGAGAGAGAAACUGUAGCAGUUGUGCGGGCAGAACGGGAAACACGCACUCUUACUGCCCGCAUCACUGCACUUCAGGAGCAGUUGGCUAUGACUGAGGAGAAAGUUACAGUAGAGAAGUCAAGGAAAGAUGCUCUACAAAAUGAACUUGAGAUGGUGACUGGGAAACUUCUGGAGGCUGAGAAUCAGUUAAGAGAGCUGCAACAAGAACAUCAAAAAGCACUGGGACAGUUCCAACAGGUUACUGAGAAAAAAAUUGUAUUAGAGAAGGAAAAUGGUCAACUUCAAAAGGAAAAUGAACAAUUAGCAACUAUUAAUAGAAAUUUUGAGCAUCAACAACUUGCAGCAGAAAAUGAAACACUGAAGACUCAAAUUGCUCAUCUGGAAUCUGCUUUACAAAGUGAUCUUAUUGAAAGAGGAAGUUUGUUGGAGCACAUGACCAGUGAUAAGGAGGCCCUUGCCACACUUGAGAUUGAAGUGAAGCACCUGAGGGAAAGCAACCUCUCACUACAACAACACUUGGAGAAAACCAAUCACAAACUAAAUAUUUAUUCCAAGGCUGGCUUGCUGGAUUUAACAAAGAAAGAUUUUGUUAGUUCAUUAACAAAACAAGAGGAAGAUAAUGCAAAGGGUAUGUCUACCAAGGAUACUGAAGCCCUGAGAGAAGCCCACAGCGAGCUUCAAUUGGUGUACAGGGAGAAGAUGCUGGAGCUGGAGAAGAUAACAUCAACUCUCACCUCACAUUCUCAGACUUACAAAGCUUUACAGGACCAGGUGACAAGAGUUACUCAGGAAUCUCAAGAUAUGGAAAAUGAUCUGCGUUUUACGAUCAAGAACUUACAGGAGACGAUCAAGAGGCGUGAUGAACGUUGUGAGAAGCUGGAGCAUCAAAUGCUGAUGAUUACGGACAAGGGCCUUAAGGAAAAGUUAGAUAGUUUGGGUCAUAACCUAACACGAACGGUCAGUCUGGGCAAACAUGACAAUGUGCUGGAGUUUCACAUUGACAAAGUGGCAUUUGAAGCUCCUGAAUUUAGUCAGUUAAAAACAUUUGUUUCUUGGACAGUUCCAUUCUCUCUGGAAGAUCCCUUACAGCAUACAAAUGUUUCCAUAGGUACCGAUGCCCGUUACAAUUAUUCCGCCCUCUACAAAUUUCAGAUGAACUACAGAAAUAUUGAGUCUCUACGUGAAGAUAAUGUAACAGUGUCUGUGUAUAUUCUUCAUGAUUCGGGUCAUCCAGCUAAAGUUGGUGAAUGCCGUUUGACCUUUAGUGAAGUGCUCGACCACCCACGAAAUACCCUUCAUGGCACUGUACAAGUGUUGGUGAACUUUGAUGAUGCUGAAGACAUGCAGCACUUGCCUGCAGGACUAAACUUGGAGCCAGGACAGGUGAUUGGUACAAUGAAUUACUGGUUUCAUUUGCAACGACCUUGUGAGGAGAUUAUUGCCCAGCAUCUCCGCACUCUCGGGGUCCUCGUGACAACACAGCAGCAGCAGUUUUUUCCAAAGGCUUCAACAGUUAUCAAGUCAAAAAAUCCAGUAAAAAGCAAGACUAUUGUUAAUAAGGAAUGUGAUGAGAGCUCGGCUGGUAUCUUGUUCCCAUCUGACACGCGCAGAAGACGAAGUAGUAUGGAACAACCAUCAAAUCUAAAAUGUCCAAUACCAGCACCAAGAUCUCAAUCACAUGCAUCCCUUCUAAUUGAGAAACAAGAAGCAAAUCCACAAGAAAGCGAAGAAACCAAGUUUCACCAGGUGUCAUUAGAAUCAUCCUCACAAAUUAAUGGAAAUGAACCAGUAAUGCAUGUUCCAAGUAACACUGACAGUAUUACGUUUCAAGAGCAGUGUUUACAGUCCAGUUCACCUCAAUCAUAUAAUAAAGAAAGUCUCUUUAAAGCCAAUAUAAAUCAAACUAGUGAUAAUGAUGACUGUAAAAACCACAGAAGUGUCACAUCGAAAAAGAAGUAUAGUUCUAGAUGUGACCAAUCAGGCGGUCAUGAUAAAUGCAAGUCAUCAUCUGUGAUGGAUAGAAGAGCUGCCAGACCCAAGAAUGCAGCCACAGUCAGACCAACAAGGCACUCAACUGGUGAAAACAGUAGAAACUCAGUUAUUAUAGAAAGUCACGCUACGCUCGGAGGACAUCUCGCCAACCAAUCACAGGUUUUCAAACAGCGAGCAUGUUCGAGUGAAGAAAAUUUGACGUCAUCUUCACAAGACGGCAGUGACACGAUGUUUGAAGAAUCUAAUGAGCCUGACACAGACACUGAUGAAUCACACCAGAUUAAGAUAUUCCAAAAAUCUCCUGAAAAGUUAAUUAUUGAAGUUAAGGGCAAGGAAGACGUAAGAAGUAAUGGUGGCAUAAAGAGCAGCACGUUUGAUCAACAGGGUGUUCAUAGCAAGAAUGUGCAGGAAGUGUAUUCUGCCAGUAGUCCUCGGACAAGCAGUAGUGGAAGCCAGGCUCCCGAGAGUUGUAGUCCUCAGACAAGCAGUAAUAAAAGUCAGGCUUCUGGGAGACAACCUUCAUCAUCAGAGUGCAGUCUAGCAACAGAUUCUGAAGGAGUAGUAGCUGUUGCCUCAAAAAAACAACAGAAUAAGCAGUUAAGAAUAUACAUUGAAGUGUGUAGCCUAAUUUUACAUGCAGACUCCAGUGUUACUCAAGAUCCUUUAGUGGAGUUUCUUUUUGUCGACUACCACGGAUUUCUUGGCCUUCCACCUGAUCAGCUGGAGACUCCAUUGUCUUUGCCAAAAGCUCCUCCAGGAUGUAAACUUAAAUUUAACUUCAAACAAGAAUUUGUUGUUGACAAGAAACAGCACCCUGAACGUAUGCAAGCCUUGGUUGACCUCAUGAAGAAUCGAGGGAUCAUUAAGUUCACAGUGACAUCAGAACCGCCUGAAGAGCUACAAGAAACUCAAGACUGCGAAGACCUGGG